AUGCAUGUGGAGCAGGUCGCUGAGGUUUUCGGGGCGGGACCCUGUCCGGUGCUUGGGGCACGUGGGGCCGAGGGGCGUGGGGAAACUGAGACAGCUGUGAGAAGGAUGGGUCUAGCAGCACCCGUCGGCCCUGGGACGGCUUGCGGCCACAAGCGGGCGCCCCGGAGCACGGCCCGGCCCACGCCCUCCGGCGGGCCACAUCCCUGCUUCCCCGCCCCGGGCCCCAGUCGCCGCCUGCACUCGCCUGCCUCCUAUUUGCGAGAGCCCACGCAGCUCCCCAGGUGCUUCACCAGCACAGCAGGAGGUAUGGCGGGCGUGGAGCAGCACGAGGGCACCAUCCAGGUGCAGGGCCAGAGCCUCUUUUUCCGAGAGGCUCACCCGGGCAGUGGGCAGGCCACCCGCUUCUCCGUGCUGCUGUUGCAUGGCAUACGCUUCUCCUCCGAGACCUGGCAGAACCUGGGCACGCUGCACAGGCUGGCCCAGGCUGGCUACUGGGCUGUGGCCAUUGACCUGCCAGGUCUGGGGCGAUCCAAGGAAGCAACAGCCCCUGCCCCUGUUGGGGAGCUGGUCCCCAGCAGCUUUCUGGCAACUGUGGUGGAUGCCUUGGAUAUGGGCCCCCCAGUCGUGAUCAGCCCAUCGUUGAGUGGCAUGUACUCCCUGCCCUUCCUCGUGGCCCCAGGCUCCCAGAUCCGGGGCUAUGUGCCAGUGGCCCCCAUCUGCACUGACAAAAUCAAUGCUGCCGACUAUGCCAGAGUGAAGACCUCGGUUCUUAUCGUGUAUGGAGACCAGGACCCCAUGGGUCAGACCAGCUUUGAGCACCUGAAGCAGCUGCCCAACCACCGGGUGUUAGUCAUGGAGGGGGCAGGGCACCCCUGUUACCUUGACAAACCUGAGGAGUGGCAUACAGGGCUGCUGGAUUUCCUGCAGGAGCUAGCAUGAGGCGCAGCCCUGCUGAUGGGGGUGGGCCACUUGCCUGCCUUGGGCUCUCUCUCACUCAUUCUCUCUCCUUCCCUUCGUGGGCUCCUGCUCAUCCUGCACAUCCAACAGGUGUGUCUUUCUAUCUGAGUUCUUUUAGGGUCUGUCUUUUCCUCUUCUUUCUCUUGCAGUGACAGACUGAAGAGGUGAAAUCAAGAGGAAAAAAUUCAGGAAUCAAGGGACAUAAUCUGGUGGAGGGUAAUCCAUUAGAUGAGCUUCUCCUAUAGGCUUUCCUG